AUGGAUCAAACAUAUUUGGACCAACAACAAUUGGAUGCAAAUGUGAAUCACCAACAAUUAUCCCAAGAUACUAAUCUGAUUCCACAACAACAAUUGCAACAGCAACAACAGCCGUUGCAACAAUUACAGCAGUACCAACAACAACCACUAAGCAAUGCAAACUUUUCUGGUGACAACAGAUUUCAGCAAUAUCAACCACGAGUAACUCCUUCGGUUUCUUCUUCGCAACAAUCAAUACAUAAUACCACCGGAUAUGUAACAAUGCAUAGUGGUAAUUACACCCCUAAUCAGCAAUAUGGUGUGCCAAAUCAAUACACUGUACUCCAACAACAACCACCACGACAACAAUCAUAUGAAGAGAAUAUUAAUCCUCUCAGUUAUAAUAGUAAUUAUAGAACAUUGAGUGCCCCUAUCCCACCAUUACAUAUUCAACAUCAAUUGGCUUCCAAACAAAAUCAGGACCAAAACCAAUCACAAAACCGUUACGAGCAAUCUUCAAUGACAAGCAUACAUACAAAUGACAACAGCUCAUCAGUUAACAAUUCUCCAAACACGAUGAUGAUCAAGCAAGAGCAUUCCACUUUUCAACCACAACAUAGUAAUGAAGGUAGUAGUGCAUAUCAUCCAGUUGAUCAACAAAAUCAUCAACAGCAACAACAGCCUCAGCAACAGCAACAGCCUCAGCAACAGCAACAGCCUCAGCAACAGCAACAGCCUCAGCAACCAAUGACUAGAUCCAUUUGUACCAGGUGUAAAAAAGGAUUUGACCAACCAAUAAUUUAUCCAAAAUCAAGCAAUUCUACCAAUGGUAACAACAGCAAUGGACAAAAUUCGUCAUCAAUACCUCCGCCUGAGCCAAGAACUUUCAAACUAUGUGAUCAUUGUCGUAAAUUACAACGUCAACGGUCGAGAAGAUGGCAGAAAAAAACUAAGGAUAGAGAAGGAGUAUGUCGCAGAUGUGGGUCAGAAAUACCAUUGGCAGAAAGAAGAUUUGUUUUGUGUCCUAGUUGUCGGGAAAAUUUACGUUUGCGAAAAGCUAGUCGGGCAGCCCAAGGGAGAUGUGUUCAUUGUUCGGGGCCAUUGGAUGCAUCUAUUUUAUCCAAAGAAAACGAAGGUAACAAUAAUGGUGAUGAGCAGAAUAAUAAGUCAAACGAAGAUCAAAAUAACGAGCUGAGAAGAGGAAGCCAAGAAAAGCCUGCACGAGGUGCCAGUCACAAAGUUUGUCAAAGAUGUCGAGAAAAUGAUAAAAUCCGAAGAGCAAAUUUGGAAAAAAUGGGUAACUGUAAUCGAUGUGCUAAGGCAUUAGAUCCCAAUGAAUAUGGUAGAAAUAAAGUUUGUUUUAAUUGUCGAACUAAAAAGAAAAGAUCACCUCCUGAAAAUGUGACAAAUACUGAUGAAGUGAGAACUUCGCCAAUUCAAAACCAAUAUGGAAUGAACAUGUCGCAUCAAUACAUUCAACCACCUCCACCGCCUCCACCACCUUUAAUGACAGGUCAUCACCAGUUUCAACCUCAACCACAUAUGAUGGGUCAUGAACAAAUGAAUACGUUCACAACAAUGUCAAACUCUGGUGUAGCUGGUAUUCAGCAACCAAACAAUGGUAUGGUAGUAGGUGAUCAACAGCAACAACAACAACAACAUAAUGGCUCAAUGCAAUUACAACCUACGUACUAUCAAUCAUAUGUCCAAAUGCCACCUCCACUACAACUUCAGCAACAACAGCAACAGCAGCAGCAGCAUUAUUCACUCGACGGAAUUCCCCAGCAGCCACAUUCUGCGCCUACAAGUUCAUUUCCACCUCCACCGCCUCCACCAUUGCAGUUGAAUCAGCAUCAGGGGCUUCAACAAUAUAGUCAUGCUCAACAACAACAGCAGCAGCAGCACCAACAGCAACAACCAUACCACCAAGAGUAUCCAAACAAUUAA